UUGUUUUGACAAAUGAUUUUAGACGUGCAUUGUUAUGAGAUAAAGUGUAUUUAUCGGUAAUUAUUCUUAGUUUAGAAUAAUAUGAAUCUUGAUGUAACUGUGCGAAAUUAGCUUUCUAUCUGUGGACUACGUAGUCCUAUUGUCAGUACCACAGUUUUGGUACCAUCAUGCAUCAUCCCACUCACACGGAUAACAUUUUAUAUUAACUUUAAUUUAUUGGUGUAAGAUUGUUUGAUACCAAUGCAUGAAUGAGAAGUAUAUUUGAUUUCAAAUUAUCUUAAUGUUAAGCUCAACUACAACCAAAACAGACAGGUCGAAACAAAGAGUGUUUCAGAAGCAGGUAACGGAUGGUAUAAAAAUCUUGGGGUUUUGAAACCUUAUUCGGCUGAAAGCAAAAAUUCAAUGUAAUCCAAGUUGUCAUUGUAUACAAAAUGCCAAAACAUCGCAGAUUCGUUUUAGAAUUUGGUCAAAGACCAAUUCGCAGGAAGCCUUACAAAAUGAGUACACAAGAGCAAUCCAUACACUUAGAAAGAAAAUCCACAAGCGUACUGAGUGUCAAAAAAUGUUUUGAGUCAAACUGUGCUUCGUUGCGACGCCAAGAUUUAAAAUCAUUGACUUAUAUGACUAACACGUUUCAAGAUGGUAAACCUCUUGCGAUAAAAUCCUGUCUCUCAUCACAAAAAAAUUCCGACAAGAUAAAGAUGAAAGUAAAAUUUCUAGUAAAAAAAAGCGCUAAGCAAUCACACUGCAUAACUGAAACAAACUCUGCACAUAUCAUGAAUAAGAACUUUACAAGAACGGAAGAAGACGAGCUGAAAAUUCAGAAGCCAGCAACAAUAAUACAUAAUAAGAUAGCUUUCAAUAAAAGAGCUAUGGCGGGUGAUAAUGAAUUCAUACAAGUUGGUAUAAAAGGAAAACAAAAUAAUGCAAAAAAUCUGCCGAGAACAUCCUCUUUAAAAAGCUCAUUUGCAAACAAAGUGAAAAAUAUGAUGGUUGAAAAGUGCAAACAACCUUCAGACACAAGAAUACGACAUCGGAGAAAGUUUAUAAAAAUAAGAUCUAGUAACAGUUUUUCAUCUAGUUUGAAUUACGAGAAUUUCAAACAAAAAUUAACUAAUAACGACGAGCAUCUUCAGAUAGUUAAGGACAUUGGGUUAAAAGAGAAAGAUGUGGUAAAAUUGGAAAAAUAUCCAAAUCAAUGUGUGAGUAGCAAACAAACACAUGGCCACUUAGAGAUAUCUGAUAAUUACUUAAAUGACCGGAAUCAUGAUAAUAAUAAGGACUCUAACAAAUUGAACGCUAAUAGAUCCCUACAUAUAAAAAAUAGCAAAAAAAAUGCCCCGGAUAAAUCGAAUAGCAAUUUAUCGGCUGUAGUUUAUAGAGACAUUUGUGUGACGGGAAACAGGCUUGAACUGUGGCAAAAUCAUACUAAACAUAAGAGGAGACGCGUACUUUCUAUAAGAAUUGGAAAAGACACUUCUAACAAAGUAAUGAAUUAUUUUUCGAAUAAACAAUGCGCUGUGAGUGCCUUAGGUGAAGCAUGCACUCAAAAAGCAAAUAAGUUAAAAUCCUGGGUAGCCGAUAAAAAUAAAAAACCAAAGAUUCUAGUGAAAGAUUCUCCCAGCAAAAAUAAAACUCAGAAAGCUGAACAUUCAAGUCAAUUUUCAGAUCAGUCGAAAAUUGAAAAUACAAGUAAUAAUGAAAAUAAAAGUGGAACUGAUGUUCCCGAAUAUCCAAUCACUAAGACUAUACAUUUAAAUGACAAAUUUAACAAAAAAACUGACUCUCAAAAUGAAUGGUUAUCACAAUAUUUAACGCAUUCGGAUAACAAAGAAAAUGUACAAGUUCGAAAAUUAAUUAAAACAAAAUUACUAAAGAGCAUCUUAAAGUCAUCGCCGUAUGGAUCGAAAAGUGUAGAAACAGGUAUUUUUUGCAAUCAGAUGCAUAGAAUAAAAUCCUCAUUAAUAAAUCAAUCGUCAUCAAUGGCAAAAACAGAUAAUUUAAUAAGAAACACAAACGUAAGUGCUUAUAAUGUUAAAAGACAUUCAGUUCUUUAUUUAAACUGUAAAUCUGACCAGAAACCUAUAAGUCUUUCAAAAACUGAGGAAAAAUUGCCUUCAUGUACACGUAGCAUAAACUCAAAAGAUAGGAAAAGACUAAAUGUAACAUUCACUGAUUCAGAACUUUAUCCUUGUAGUGUUAAUAAGAAUUAUGAUGAAAAAGCCGACCAAGACCUUUCUAUUGAUAUAAAUAAAUUUGAACUCACUAAAAGUUGUCAAAAACUUAUACUUAUUAAAGAAAAUGUAUUAAAAUUAUUACAAUCAAUACAAUCAACAGUAGCGGUAAAACUUAAACAUAGGGAGAUAUUUCCGGGUUCAAAAAGUUCCGUUAUUAGGCAAAAUAAGAAUAAUAAAACGGGCGUUAAACGUGUAUCUCCUUCUAUUACUGAAGCGCCAAUUGAACAAUCCACACGGGAGGGUUCCACGGUACAUCUGAAAGACGGAAACAGUACUAUAACAAUGAACACAUUGAGGAAAUCAUGUAAAAAGCUUAAAACAGACACUUACACACCAGAAUCUGAUAUACUAGAUUUAACCAAUCAAGAAUUUGCUACUGAAAUUGAUAAAAAAUAUCAAAAUGCGGCAAACAAUAAAUGUUGUAUCGAUUCUAAAUUUCCUUCUGUACAUGAAAAAUUUUCGCCACGAAUCAAAAAACAAUACGAUAAAAAUCGAUCGAUCGAGGAAAACCAACUUAAAAUUUCUCUCGAUAAAAUCGAAGAAAAUGAACAAAUAAUCCCUGCGGUAUCUAACCAAUACCCAGAAAAUCUUAAAAAUGAUAAGAAUAUUUUCAUCAAAGGCAAAAGAACAGGUAUUUCGCUGAAAUUAAAACCUAGUAAUAUUAGAAUCCAAAAAAAGGAUGUAAAUAAUUCCGGUCAUGUUCACAAUAAACCAAGAGAGCCCCAUUUACAGGAAAAUCAAGAAAAUGAGAGUGCACAAGGUUGGAAUACAGAGAUAACAAGUAAACGCUCUAGUAUAUUUGGAUCUUCCGAAAGACAAGACAAAAUGAUAAAACAAAAGAAUAAGAAAAGAAAGACGGGUUUGUUUACUAAAUCAAUACAUUCGGUGUUUGACAUACAAAGGUUUUCACGUGGACAGAAGAAAACAUUACCAGAAUAUAAAAUAUUCUUUGAGGAACUGACUAAAUGUUUGAAAUCAAUAUCUGAUCAACAAUCCUACGACAGCAAAUCUAGAAGUAUUAGUGAAUGUAAAUAUUGCAUUAAACUAUCCUCGCAACCUGUUUGUGAAUGCAUUCAAAAGGAUAGUUCAAAGAAGUUUGGAUGUGAAUGUCUGAAGAAUAGCUACAAAAAUGAAAGUACCGAAACUUCUCCAAAACCAACUAAAACAACAUCACGAAGAAAAACAAAAAAACAUAUCCGUGACUCAAAUUCUUCGAAAUCAAAAUUUAUGAAACUAUCGAAUUGCAAAUGUUUACUGCAGAAAUGGGUUAAGUCCAAACAUGGUAUAAAAAUUUCCACGCAUAACGUUAAAAUUGAAGAUAAAAAGAAAAAAAGCUUGAGCGAAAAUGAAAAACGAGGCAAACAUAAUACAGAAACAUCCGAGGAUAUUCUUAAAGUUGUAGACAAAAACGGACAAAGGUUGAGUGAAAUAGCAAAGCGGAGCAAAUAUGAUAAAAUAAAAUCAGCGGAUAUUGGUAAACUUGUGGACAAAAACGGACAUAGGAUCAGUGAAAAUGAGAAGCGAAUCGAGAAUGAAAUCCGCGAAAUAAAUAAAUCCGCGGAUAUUGUUAAACUUAUGGACAAAAACGGACAAAAGUUGAGUGAAAUAGCAAAGCAAAGCAAAUAUGAUAAAAUAAAAUCAGCGGAUAUUGAUAAACUUGUGGACAAAAUCGGCAAACACGACAUAGAAACAUCCGAGGAUAUUCUUAAAAUUGUAGACAAAAACGGUCAAAGGCUGAGUGAAAAUGAAAAGCGAAGCAAACAUGAUGCAGAAACAUCCAGGGAUAUUGUUAAACAUGCGGACAAAAAUGGAAAAAGGUUAAGUGAAAAUGAAAAGCAAAGCAAGCAUGAUAAAGAAAAAUCCGCGGAUGUUGUUAAACUUGCGGACAAAAACGGACAUAGGUUGAGUGAAAAUGAAAAGCGAAGUAAAUAUGAUAAAGAAAAAUCCGCGGAUGUUGUUAAACUUUCGGACAAAAACGGACAAAGGUUGAGUGAAAAUGAAAAGCGAAGCAAGCAUGAUAAAGAAAAAUCCGCGAAUGUUGUUAAACUUGCGGACAAAAAUGGACAACGGUUGAGUGAACAUGAAACGCGAAGCAGGCAUGAUAAAGAAAAAUCCGCGGAUGUUGUUAAACUUGUGGACAAAAACGGACAAAGGUUGAGUGAAAAUGAAAGGCGAAGCAAGCAUGAUAAAGAAAAACCCGCGGAUGUUGUUAAACAUGUGGACAAAAACGGACGAAGGUUAAGUGAAAAUGAAAAGCGAAGCAAAUAUGAUAUAAAAACAUCCGACGAUAUUAUUAAACUUGAGGACAAAAACGAAAAAAAAUUGAGUGAAAUAGCAAAGCGUAGCAAAUAUGAUACAGGAACAUCCGAGGAGACUGUUAAACUUGAGGAAAAAAACGGACAAAGGUUGAGUGAAAACCGAAGCAAACAUGAUACAGAAACAUCUAGGGAUAUUGUUAAACAUGCGGACAAAAACGGAAAAAGGUUGAGUGAAAAUGAAAAUCGAAGCAAACAUGAUAAAGAAAAAUCCGCGGAUGUUGUUAAGCUUGUGGACAAAAACGGACGAAAGUUGAGUGAAAAAGCAAAGCGUAGCAAAUAUGAUAUAGGAACAUCCACGGAAACUGUUAAUCUUGAGGAAAAAAAUGGACAAAGGUUGAGUGAACAUGAAAAGCGAAGCAAACAUGAUAAAGAAAAACUCGCCGAUGUUGUUAAGCUUGUGGACAAAAACGGACAAAAGUUGAGUGAAAAAGCAAAGCGUAGCAAAUAUGAUAUAGGAACAUCCACGGAAACUGUUAAUCUUGAGGAAAAAAACGGACAAAGGUUGAGUGAACAUGAAAAGCGAAGCAAACAUGAUAAAGAAAAAUCCGCGGAUGUUGUUAAGCUUGUGGACAAAAACGGACGAAAGUUGAGUGAAAAAAAGCGUAGCAAAUAUGAUAUAGGAACAUCCACGGAAUCUGUUAAUCUUGAGGAAAAAAACGGACAAAGGUUGAGUGGACAUGAAAAGCGAAGCAAACAUGAUAAAGAAAAAUCCGCGGAUGUUGUUAAGCUUGUGGACAAAAACGGACGAAAGUUGAGUGAAAAAGCAAAGCGUAGCAAAUAUGAUAUAGGAACAUCCACGGAAUCUGUUAAUCUUGAGGAAAAAAACGGACAAAGGUUGAGUGAACAUGAAAAGCGAAGCAAACAUGAUAAAGAAAAAUCCGCGGAUGUUGUUAAGCUUGUCGACAAAAACGGACGAAAGUUGAGUGAAAAAGCAAAGCGAGGCAAACAUAAUGUAGAAACAUCUACAGAUACUGUUAUACAUGUAAAUAAAAAUGAAAAAAGCCAAAGUAAUGAAACACGAGGUUUGGAAGGUGAUAAAAUCAACAAAGGAGCUUCUGUACAAAAACAUACUUCAGGAAUUUUUCUUAAAAAGCUCAAGGCUGGUAAGCAUUUUCUUUCUAAACGUAUCCAACGAGAUCCCCAUCGUACAAAAACUCCAAAUGAAAAGCAACAAAAUCUUCCUCAUAAAUUUGAAAAGAACGCGGAAUGCCAGUGUCCCAGUUCCCAGACACAAGAUAUUCCGGGGGAUGUAAGUAAUAAAAAUGAAAAAAGCCAAAGCAAAGGUUUGGAAGGUGAUAAAAUCAAUAAAGGAGCUUCUGAACCUAAACAUACUCCAGGAUUUUUUAAAAAACUCAAGGCUGGUAAACCAUUUUUUUCUAAACGUAACCAACAAGGUUCCCAGCCUUCAAAAACUCCUAAUGAAAAGAAACAGAAAGAAGAAAAGAAUGAAUGUCAUUGCUCCAGUUCCCAGAAACAAAAUAUUCCACGGGAUACAAGUGAUAAAAAUGAAAAAAUCCCAGCUAAUAAAGUACGAGGUUUGGAAGGUGUUAAAAUCAACAAAGGAGCUUCAGAACCCGAAAAAGAUAUUUUACGUCAAAUAAGUGAUAAGUUAUCAGAAAACACUAGCACAGUAAGAAAGAUUUACGAAAACACAAAACACAUUGAAUCAUCCUACAAACCCACUGAUUCUUCUGGCUAUUCCAUGUCAGUUACAUUCAAUAUUAAAAAGCUACAUUCAGAUUCCUCAAAAAUCAAAUCCUCAAAAAUAUCUGGAUUUCUAGAAAAAAUAAAAAGUAUAUGUUUACGUAAGCAGCAGAUUUGCCCUAAAUGUGAAAAUUGUAAUUCUGAGUUUGACAUCACAUGUAUUAAACAAAACGUUAGCCGAAAAUUUUCACGCAGCAAAAAAAAAAUGAAUCCGAAUUGUCAGUGCGAUUGCCUUCAAAAGCAAAUUACUAAUGAUAAGCAAGUUACUUGCAAUAAAUGCAAGAAAGUUUUAAUUGAACAGCAGCCUACUUUAUCUAAACUAUUUCUUAACUGGCGAAACAAAAAAGCUUUAUACAACGAAAAAUUAAUUGUCGAACAUUGUUCUUGCAAGCAAAGUAAGAUUCGGAAAACAGACAGUGGUAAGCAAUAUUCCAAAUCCUCAAGCAACCGUCGCAUAAAUAUUUGCCAAACUCAAUCAUGUUGUAGGAAUAAGCAACGGCGACAUGGUAUACAUUUAAACAUUGGUCGUUUUAAUAUUGAAAAGAGAGACAUUUGCAAGAUAUGUAAAAAGCCUAGAUCAGAUUGUGAAUGCCAACAAGAAAAUUCGCGGUACAUUUGCAAGAAAUGCAAGAAAUCACCAAUAGUUUGUAAGUGCCCACAAGAAAAUUCGCGGUACAUUUGUAAGAAAUGCAAGAAAUCACCAAUAGUGUGUAAGUGCCCACAAGAAAAUUCGCGGUACAUUUGCAGGAAAUGCAAGAUAUCACCAAAAGAUUGUGAAUGCCGACAAGAAAAUUCGCGGUACAUUUGCAGGAAAUGCAAGAAAUCACCAAAAGAUUGUGAAUGCCAACAAGAAAAUUCGCGCUACAUUUGCAGGAAAUGCAAGAAACCACGAAGGGAUUGUGAGUGCCAACAAGAAAAUUCGCGGUACAUUUGCAAGAAAUGCAAGAAAUCACCAAAAGAUUGUAAGUGCCAACAAGAAAAUUCGCGCUACAUUUGCAGGAAAUGCAAGAAACCACGAAGAGAUUGUGAGUGCCAACAAGAAAAUUCGCGGUACAAUUGCAAGAAAUGCAAGAAAUCGCCAAAGGAUUGUAAGUGCCAACAAGAAAAUUCGCGGUACAUUUGCAAGAAAUGCAAGAAAUCGCCAAAAGAUUGUAAGUGUCAACAAGAAAAUUCGCGGUACAUUUGCAGGAAAUGCAAAAAACCACGAAGAGAUUGUGAGUGCCAACAGGAAAAUUCGCGGUACAUUUGCAGGAAAUGCAAGAAAUCACCAACAGAUUGUGAGUGCUCACAAGAAAGUUCGUUGUACAUUUGCAGAAAAUGCAAAAAAUCACGAACAGAAUGUGAAUGCUCACAAGAACAAGCACGAGAAAAUUCGCGGUACAUUUGCAGGAAAUGCAAGAAAUCACGAACAGAUUGUGAGUGCUCACAAGAAAGUUUGCAGUACGUUUGCAGGAAAUGCAAGAAAUCACGAACAGAUUGUGAGUGCCUACAAGAACAAACACAAGAAUGUCAAUGUAUUUGGAAAAACCAAUCGAGAAAUUCCUAUGACCUUCAAACAUCACAAUCUAAAUGUGUGUGUGUGAAUUCCAUUGAUCAAUGUAAUAAGCAGAAAAGUGAACACGGAUUUUUCCAUAAGCAACUACAACUUUGUAAAGGUUUCCUUAGUACUAGCAAACAAAAAAAAUUAUUUAGGCAUCGAAGAAAAUUACGUACUAAAUUAAAGUCAAGAGCAACAUCUUUUAGUUGCCGACAUCUUAAUUGCAAUAAAAAGGGUAUGGAACCACCACCUAUGGAAGGCCCAUCAUUGAGCCAUUCCCAAGAAUCAAAACAGUCGUCUUGUAAUGUAUGUAUCAAACCUCCUCUCGAUGAAUCAAAUUGUUUAAGUCUUCAAAUUUACCUAUGCAAAUGUAACGAUCAGAACUUUGGAUGUACACGUUUAGUAACAGGAAGACCUGGCAAAAAAAAGCAAGGUAUUUGCUUGAAUAGACCUGGUUAUCAUAAUAUAUGUAAAUCUCCCGCUGAAUGUAAAUGUAAGAAAAUAAGUUCAGACCUUGUACCACAAAACAGCGUAACGAAACAGCUUUCCCAAAAUAGUGGUCUGCGUCAACACCUUUCUAAAUGCAAAAAGUUUCUGAAAAGUAAUUUUUGUCGCAGGGGACCAAGAAAAGUACAUAAUAGACGUGACGAAAAUGAACCAAUAAAAUGCAGUCACGAAGAAAAAAAACAAACACACCCAAAAACUGCAAAAAAGCAUACAAAGAUUAUAAGAAAGCUUUCAGAUACUAUCAAAAAGCAUACAGAAUGUCAAACAAAACAUUCAGAAACUGCAAUAAAGCAUUCAGAAACUGUAAAAAAGGUUUCAGAAACUCCAAAAAAGCAUUCGGAGUGUGAUAAAAAACAUACAGAAACUUCAAAGAAGCAUCCAGAAACUCGGAAAGAGACUGUAAAAAAGCAUUCACAAGCCGCAAAGAAACAUUCAAAAACUGCAAAAAAGCAUCCAGAAAUCGAAAGCAAGAGUUUAGACCAUCAAAAAAAGCUUAUAGAUACUCAAAAAAAGCAUUCAAAAUCGGAUAUAAAAAAAACAAAAUCUGUUACCUAUCCUUCUACCCAAGCAAAACGUUCAGAAAUUGCAAAAGAACACAAAACUGAAAAAACUAAAAAACAAAAAUCCCGACGUUCAAAAACGAAAUCAGAAACUCUUGACGAGCCUGAAGGUACGUCUGACAGGUUAAAACUUCUAAGUCAUAUUUUAUCGAGAAGAAAAAGACAUAUACUGUUGACGAAAAUUCAAUUGACUACGGACCGUGUGACUGAUCUUGCUUGUCGCUUUGACCCUAGUGAUUGUAGGCUUUUUAUUCGCACACUUAGGAAAAAACCAUGUUUGUGUAUCUACAAAUUGUGUCCGAGUGCUUACCCUCAUUUUUUACAUUUACUGGUCAGACUCAGACAAUUACUUAGUAUAUUAAUUUUUGGCAUAGCUGCUGUCACGUGGCUGCCCUGGUUUAUAUUAGUACCAAUUUUGCGAUUGAUUGUAUGUUUUUUUGCUUAAAAUUAUAAAAAGGUAUCUCA